AUGUCUGAAGUAAAGGGUACUAAAGCUUUAGAACUGUGGUGUAAACGGUUAAUAAAAGAUUGUCCAGAGAUACAAAUAGAUAAUAUGACAACAUCCUGGAGAAAUGGAAUGGCGUUUUGUGCUUUGGUUCACCAUUUUAGACCUGAUUUAAUAGAUAUUUCAUCACUUAAACCUGAAAAUAUUUACGAAAAUAAUCAAUUAGCGUAUAGUAUUGCUGAAAAACACUUGGGAAUUCCUGCUCUGUUGGAUCCUGAGGAUAUGGUAGAGAAUGAUGUACCUGACAGACUGUCUAUACUAACAUAUUUGUCCCAGUUUUAUCAACGUCUUGGCCAUACUGUUAACACAAAAUCAUCUGAGAGUGAGCCAAAAGUAUCAUCGCCUGUAUCAAGUACACAGGUAGAGAGUCCAAUCAAAUUUGGAAAAGUGGCUUUAGAUAAAUGUGCUGUCUGUGGAUUGCCUGUGUAUCUAGCACAGAGGCUUAUGGUAGCUCAAAAACUCUAUCACAGAAGAUGUUUUCGGUGUUCCAAAUGCUCGGGACAUCUUAAUCCUAAAAACUAUCAUAUUAUUGACUCAACAAACUUUUCUUGUGAUACAUGUAAAAAUGAAAAGACUAUCCCUAAAUAUCUCAAUAAUAAUGACCAAAUAGGAAUGUUGGCCUUUAGUAAUGAUGUUGAUGUGAGGCCAAAUUUUCAUAAUGAAGAGGUGGUCAGCCCCAAAGCUAAACCAAGGCCACAAUCUAUACUAGACAAAAUAAACAUGUUUGAAAAAAAUAUAGAAAAAGAAACUGUCAACCUAGAAGAUAAAGUAGGAAAUAUUAGUUUAAAAGACAACUAUAAUAAUAAGUUAAAAGAAGUAAUCAAAACUGAUGAUGUGAUUAAAAAUAAUAAAUUUGAAAUUCAUAAUAAUGUAAAUAACUCAGAAUUUAAUUUAAAAGAAAAAAUUAAGAACCAAAUAAAUACAGACACUGAAGAUAUUUCUAAACCUCCAACACCGAUCUAUAAGAGUAAUAAAGAAAAAUUUGAUUUUUUACAAACACAAUUAUCUGACGAUGCCUUAGAUAAUGGCAUAGUCAUAAAUAGUUUAAAAGAUGACUCUAUACAAAUUAAAAAUGAAGACACUCUGAAAGCAACUCUCCCUCCUGAAGAAUGUAAUGAACUAACAGAAAAUACAGAAAGCAAUAUAACAGAUGAUAGCAGAUUAGCUCAGAGUAAUAUACUUUUGAGUCCAAGUGAAACAAAAAUUAAUAAUAUUGAACCAAUUAAUACAGAAGAAGAGAUCACUAUAAGCGUUCCGCCUCGAAGAAAGAAACAGAUUUUAGCUGAUAGAAGAUUAAAAGCUCUCAAUAAUAAAACGGAAGAAAAAACCAAGGAGUACCCCGAUCACUUAAAUCCGUUUUCCGACGACGAAAAUGAGCAUGAACAACAGGAUAUAUCAGGGAAAGUCAGCACAAAUCCAUUCGGGAGUAGCGAUGAAGAUGAGAUGCCAACCAAUCCUAGUGUACCCGACAUACAGACAUCCACCCCUGUAAAACGUCACAUCAAAGCAUAUAAUCCUUUCUGGUCGGACGGCGAAGAACCAUCGUCUGAUGAGGAGUGUGAUACGAGUUCCAACAUGCACAAGUCGUCAAUAACUGGUAGCACACCAAAUCUUCGUUCUCGGAGGAAGCCCAAGGCGCCUCCGCCCCCCAUUCCUGAAAGUCUCAACCUUCCUUCAACGUCAAUGGACGAUGUUGCCAGCAUAUCCUCAUUUAGCUCCCACAACUCCACCAUACAUUCUGAUCAGAAAUCCUUCGGUGUCUCCACUCCGAAGUUAAAGAAGAAGCGGCCCGCCCCAACUCCUCCCGACAGCCUGUCCACUCUGUCAGGCUGUGGAGGUUCUAUGGAGAGGGGUGUCGAUACUUCGGGCAGCCGCAAUACUUCGGAUGUGAUCCGUCGCGUAAAAGGACCGGCACCUGGUCUGCCACUUCCAGAACGUCGUGAGGUCAAGUUGCAGAUGUCCGGCGAAGAGCUGCAAGUACAGCUGGAUAUGCUGGAGACUCAACAGCUGGGCCUGGAGAGACAGGGCGUUCUCAUAGAACAGAUGAUCAGGGAUAAGUGUGAGGGCGAUGGCGGUCCAACGGCCCCGCAAGAGGAAAUCGAAGACUUGGUCAUCCAAUUGUGUGAACUGGUGAAUGAGAAGAAUGACUUGUUCAGAAAACAAACGGAACUAAUGUACAUACGAAGACAACAAAGAUUGGAACAAGAACAAGCGGACAUCGAGCACGAGAUACGUGUGAUACAAUCCCGACCCGCUGUUAAUCGUAUUGACUCUGAUAAGGUACGCGAGGAGCAGUUGGUUUCUCGACUGGUGGAGAUCGUUCGCCUGCGGGAUGAGCUCGUGCAGCAACUUGAUGCGGAAAGACGACGCGAGAGACAAGAGGACCUGGCUAUAGCAGCAUCGAUAGCUACUAAAAGAGCACAAAGAAACAGCGAGUCCAACAGUUCGUCAAUGAAAUCGGGGGACGCCGUGACGCCUGUCAAGAAGAACAAAGUGAAGGACAAAGUUAAAAAACAAUUAAAGAAAGCCAAACACACGUUGAUAUCAAAGAAAAAAGACGAGGAUAAACCUGACAAAGAGAAAAAAACUAAAUAA